AUGGCAUACUCUAAUAACGGCCUGUUGGUUUUUUGCUUCUUUUUCUCCCUAUGGUUCCUCUCCUCAUAUGCUCGAACCAACUGCUCCGAUUUCCACUUCGAUGGAAAAUCCUACGAUUCAUGCAGCCAUCUUCAUACUUUGAAUUCUUUUAUUCACUGGAAUUACAACGUGCCUUCUCGUACUGUCGAUAUCGCCUUUAGGAAGUCUGAAAGGCAGCACGGAAGAUGGCUUGCUUGGGCUAUAAACCCAACAUCUACAGGGAUGAUCGGCUCGCAAGCUUUUGUUGCAUUACAACGUUCUGAUGGUACUCUCGAAGCAUACACGUCACCUAUCGACACCUAUGGAACCACCCUUGUGAAAGGUGACUUGAGCUUUACGGUUCAUGAUGUUUCAGCCCAGAAUAUCAACGGACAAGUCAUCAUCUUUGCUAGGUUUGAGCUACCUAUGAAUGGAAGUAAUGUUGUGAAUCAUGUUUGGCAAGAAGGACCACUACAAGAUGAUGAUACACCAGGUAGUCAUGGCAUGUCAGGAGAUAACUUGAGAUCUUUUGGCACUUUAAAUUUCCAUUCUGGGAAAACUGUGCCUAUUAGUAGUCAUAAUGUAAAACUAAAUUCAAGGUCUAAGAUAAAGAUUGCACAUGGUAUUAUCAAUGCGGUUAGUUGGGGAAUGAUGAUGCCACUUGGUGUUGUUCUUGCUAGACUGAGAUAUCUACCAUUACAAGAGUACUAUCCAGCUUUGUGGUUCAAUCUACAUAUUUAUUGUCAAAGUAUAGCUUAUUUUCUCGGUAUUGCUGGUGGAGGUUUGGGAUUUUAUCUUGGGAGACAAUCUUCUUCAGUUAAGCAACACACUUGUCAUAGAUACAUUGGUGGUGCACUUUUAGUGCUUGCAACAUUACAAGUGUUAGCUCAUCGUCUACGGCCAUCAAAGGAACACAAAUAUAGGGUGUAUUGGAAUAUCUAUCACUGGUGCACUGGUUAUGGUACUAUUAUAAUGGGAAUUCUCAAUUGUUUCAAAGGUUUCCAGAUGAUGGAUGUUGGGAUUUGGAAGAAUGCUUACAUUGCUUUUCUUGCUUCCUUGGCCUUUGUUGCUGCUGUUCUUGAAGUUUCGAGAUGCUACCUCAACGCUAACAGAGGAACAGCUACACCAGAAGGAGUUUCUGCAAACGAAGACAGAACUAAAGUUCCAACUCUCCAGGCCAAGACUAUCUUCAAUGCUUCCGUCGGGAUUUGGAAGAAUGCUUACAUUGCUUUUCUUGCUUCCUUGGCCUUUGUUGCUGCUGUUCUUGAAGUUUCGAGAUGCUACCUCAACGCUAACAGAGGAACAGCUACACCAGAAGGAGUUUCUGCAAACGGUAUAGAAGACAAGCUCUCCGGGAAGCUUACUAACAGUUGCAAAUUUGAUGCAAAUCAAAUUGGGAGGAAGGAAGAGACACGGCUUGGAUUGAGAAACAACAUCAGAAAGUACAGUGAGCAAGAAGUGGGGACAAUUCUCAGUUCUACGCUGGACUAA